UCGCCAUCUUUAACGCGACGGAUUGGGUGCAAAAGUUCGUCUAUAGUUUUUCGCGUUUAAUUCGUGUGCCGUCGAACGGUUCAAGUCAUAUCGGUAGCAAAUUGUGGCUUGAGGUUUUGUGCUUUUUCUGUUUUUAAAUUUCUCAUAAACCGUAAGAAAAAUCAUCGAAAGAUUUUUCUUUUUUUCUAAUUCGACGUGUACAAUCAUGGCCAACUAAAAGAUGUCUGCAAGCAAAGUGUUAUUCGUUAGCAGCAGCAGCGCUCCGUUCUGUGGAGAAAUUUUCCGUCGUUCAGAGCCGGAUCCGUUUCGGACUCAGCUGGCAGCUAGUUGUCAGCUAAACUCUAUUAUUUUUAACAUAUUUGUAAGCCUCUUUCACUCCGGUAUAAAUGGAGAAGAAUCGUUUUUCGAACCAGAACCUGUCCAAAGGACAGAUAACUGAAACAAAAAAAGGUCAAGUUUCAGAUAAGUGGCCACGCUAUUCUAAACGUCGUGAACAGCCAAACGUUAGCGGUUCUAAACCGGAAAAUUAUCGAAACUGCAGUGGAAAAGCUCAAACUGUGGGUAAAGCUCGCAAUCAAACAAACUACAACUAUGAUAAGCGCUCGAAACAGCGUCCGGAUGGAGUCAGUGAAGGUUAUCCAGAAAAUGAAAAUAAUCAACUUGAAGAACAGAACACGGGAACCGGAUUAGCACCCUCUGUUCUAUUUCCUGUAAGCCAUGAAUUACAUUCGGUGUUUUCACCUGGUUCCAAGAAGCAAAGUUUAAACCAUUUGCUGAACUUUCAUUAUGAGCCUCGUGAGCAUGAUCUUCCAACACGUUUUAGUAAAACGGGAAACAAUCGUAGCUACGUCAGGAAGAUGAUUUACAACAAAGAACAGUUUCUGCAGGCAAAUUGUCAGUUCGUCGUACGUGCUCAUGAGAACUAUGUUGCCAAUAUUGCGUGCCCCGAUCAAUUGGUGGAUUGGGCAAAAAUAGAACAGAUUCAUAUCCUUAGUUACGAAGAACCGCAGUGUCCAAUUUGUUUGUAUCCGCCGGUUGCUGCCAAAAUGACGAAAUGUGGUCAUGUGUACUGCUGGCCCUGUAUUCUGCACUAUCUCGCACUAUCGGAUAAAGCUUGGCGUAAAUGUCCUAUUUGUUUUGACGCCAUACACUUACCGGAUCUUCGAAGUGCGGUUUCAAAACCGUUUCACCCGUACACGGUUGGAGAAAUCGCAACAUUUCAAUUGAUGCGUCGCGAAAAAGCCUCAACGAAUGUUGCACUUGUUGCUGAAUUAAAAAACGAGCAGCCGGAAAUACCUUACUUUUGCUCAAAAACAGGUAAUACGACGCUUUCCAAAUUACUCCUGGCAGAAACGCCAGAGAUACUCAAUAUAAUUGCUCGAGAACAGAAAGAACUGGAAAAUCAAAUGGUUGUGGAUGGUGUUGAUUGUCCGGAAAAUAUAUUUGUGGAACAAGCACUCGAACAAUUGAAAGAGCGCAAAGAAGGCAUUAUGUGCGAUAAAGUUAUUGCGUUGCCAGUAGAUCAUCGCAACAAAGAAAGCGAUACAAGCGUAAUAGACGAACAUCAAACAAGCAUGCUGUUGGAUGAAGCUGCAAACAUCACUUCAAUGUUAGAUAUCACAGGAAAUCACAAACAGGGAGAUUUCAUGAUUGACGAAGACAGCAACUUUUUGCUGAGUGAUGUCGACAUUAUCCCUACAGCGACAUGUGCUUCGGAUUAUUUUUACUUUUAUCAAUCAACAGACGGUCAACCGCUUUAUUUGCAUUCACUUAACACGCGUAUGCUGCAAACAAUGUAUGGAAGCUUAGACAAGAGUCCACUAAUCAUCACUGGCAAAAUUGUUCACAAAGAUAGCUGUUCAAUGUCCGAGGAUUUGAGAAAAAGAUUGAAAUAUUUGCAGCAUCUACCCGUUUGCACCCCGUUCGAGGUAGUCGAAAUCGAGCUUGGAAACGGUAUUGUUUCAUCCGAAGUGAUGGCGAAAUUCAAAGAUGAAAUUUCCAGCCGUCGCAAGGAUAGACAGAAACGUGCCCGCGCAGAACGAAUCCGAGAGAGACAAAUUUUUGAGUUUAACGAACGCCAACUGGGAAAAUCCCUUGCACGAUCUGCUAAAAUUCCAAUCAACUCAACAAAACAUUUUCCUUCGUGCGGGAAUGCUGAGAUGUACGACUUCAGCCAUGAUCCUCCCCUCGGAUUUAGUCCUUCAAGUAGUGACAUGUCUGCUUCUCCCAGUGUGAUCAGCGCAGAGCCUUCAUGGUCGAAGAUGCUGUGUACCUCGCCGCCAUCUUCCUCUUGGCCAAUACUGCCAUCUGGAGGCGCUGUUUAUGCUGCCCCAACACCAAAGCUUAUACAAGUAACAGGUUCUAAAAUGAUCACCAGUGUUUCGCGCCAACCUUCCAAGUGGCGUUUUCCUUCCGAGAGCGAUGGCGACGAUAAUAUCGAGGAACAUCAGGCAGCCCGGGAUUCGAAAUUUGGAGAGGAUUUGAGCUCGGCAAUUGGAGCAGCUCUCGAAAGGGCCACAUUGCAUUGCGAAGUUGCUACCAGUGAAGACGGAAGUUCGGGAAAAUUCAAAGGCUCUGUACCCAAAAACGUCGGCGCGGGCAGUGGUGCGAAGAAGAAGAACAAGAACAAGAAAACAUUGCUGUUUGCUUCUGGAAUGAAUCUAUAUUAGCUCGUUUUCAACUUUGGCAACUUGGCAUUAAUCAUUUAUCAAUAUAACAGGUAUAUCAUCCAAAGUCACUAUUGCAUAACGUUGACGUGGUUAUUUUAUGUUUCUGGUUUUGUUUAACUAUUGAUUUUUUUCGAUAUGUGCUUUGUACAUUAAAACUAAGUUUGAAACAAUGUAGUUCAGAGCAAAAAUCCUUAAAUAAAGCUUGGCUUCGGUCCUAUUUAUCGCAUACGGAA